AAACCCCAUUGCAAUGACAACUACGUCGAUGGAUGUAUCGAGCGAGGUGUUGGUGGCAACCAAGAACCAGAUGAGCCACUUGAUUGAGGCGUUUAUGGAGCUCGGGGUUAUGGUACACGACUUCCAAGGCACCGAGCAGGCCCGCAACGGGGCCUCGAUCCGUCUUAACCAGACGUUGGAGGACUUAGCAAAGUUAGCGGCGUAUUCCUCGGAAAACUUGAAAGACGUGCCUAUUCCGUUGGACGUUUUGCAGUAUAUCGAGGACGGUCGCAACCCGGACGUGUACACCAGGGAGUUUAUCGAGAGCACUUCCAAGCUCGGUGGCUACUUGUCUGCCAAGGUUAAGGGCAUGGAUAAGCUUAAGAAGGUUUUAGGGGCUAAGAUUGCCCAGGAGUUUCCGGAAUUGGACGAGGUGGUGGAUGAAAUCAUCAACACAACAGCCCUCCCGGAAACGGAACGAUAAAGACGCUCUGAGGUGAACUACUAAACGACAGUUCAUGACCCUGACACGAUAAUGAAUAAUGAAACAUAUGGAACCUUCGGUUUUGGCUGCAGAUAUUGGUGGGUCAGACCGGCCUGUUUUCUAUAGGCCAAAGUGAUACUUUGCUAUGGGGUGUUUUGGCUUCAUUUCGCUCGAAACAAGUUCGCCGGAUUCAAAGUUGAUAUUUGUAUCCAGCGUGGCGGAUCGCAAAAUGCAUGUACCAAGUGGCUUGUAGCUCUGAUAUUCUUCUGCCGAUAUGCUAAAUUUAUAGUAACACCAGAUCUCCGAUUUCAUCAACUAGUACGAUACCUUUUGUAAAGCUUGGAUUUGCCUUGCAGCUCUUAGCAACGUUAGCGUCCUUCAGGGUGGAAACAGCUCUGUUCCCCAAACAAAAACCUCAUUACGAAAUCUCCCGAUCCAGUCCGCCCCGUUCUACUUGUACUCACGUAUGCUACUUUCUUGUUAC